AAAGUACAUUUUAUUUUUGCAUCAUUUUGGAUAAAAUAGUAUGAUAGAUAGAUGGAGUGGCAAACUAAAGUAAUUUUACUUUUGUACCAUUUUACAUAGUUGCAACAUAUUUUAGACUUUCCUUAAUUUCAACUAGACCUUUGCUCAUUUUAUGUUGUCAUACCUUAUCAAAAUCUCAUUUCCUAUUCUUAGAUUCUCACCUUUCCUUUCCAUAAUGGCACUACAACACAUCCAUCAUCUGCAAACCACCGUUUCUCAAUACUGUACUUAUAGUUCUUUGGCUCCUCCGUGCUCAAGAAAGUUUCGGAAUGGUGAGGUUUUCUUUGGGACCACAUUUUCAACAAUCCAGACUUAUCACAAUCCAGUACCAACUUUGUCCAGAAGACUAUUCUUGCCAUCAGUUUCUGGGCUCUGGAAUGCGCUAACAGGUGGUAACUCAGCUGGUGACGCUGUGAUGGCAAUUCGAAGGGGAAUGCUUCUUUUUAGACAGGGCAAUGUGUUAGGGUCUUUGAUGGAGUUUGACAAGGCAAUUGAGCUUGAUCCUCGCCAGAAAGCUUAUCUUUGGCAAAGGGGAUUGUCUCUAUAUUAUCUUGAUAGGUAUGAAGAGGGUGCAGAGCAGUUCCGUUUAGAUGUUGCCCAGAACCCAAAUGACACAGAGGAGUCAAUAUGGUGCUUUCUUUGUGAAGCUCAAUUGUAUGGAGUUUAUGAAGCAAGAAAAAGAUAUCUUGAGGUAGGUAGAGAUCCACGACCAGUCAUGCGAGAUGCCUAUAACAUGUUUAAAGAUGGUGGUGAUCCAGAAAAGCUUGUUACUGCAUUUCGAAGUGGACAACCAAAUGAAUAUUUCUAUGCUUCUCUGUAUGCUGCCUUGUACUAUGAAUCCCAGAAUGAACCAGAUGCAGCUAAACUUUAUUUAAUUGCUGCUUGUCAAUCCCCUUAUGGAUCAAGGUCUGAUGAUUACAUGGCUGCUCUCGCCAAGGUUCAUUGCAUAUGUAGAAAUUGGAACCUCAACUAAGCGAAUACACUCAAGUUCCAAUAGACUGGUAAAAUUCUAUUCCAAAAUGUUUCUACAUAUCCGGAUGCUUCAGCUGGAUCGAAAUUACACAUCCAUUGUUAGUAUUGUACCUUCAGGUAUCACACAAUUAUAUGGUGAGUCAUUUUGAAACAUAUUCAAUCACAUUUUGGAAUUAGGAGGUGGAUUGUAACUUGUGUAUAAGUAGAUAAAAGAAGGUGACCAAAUAUUUCGGUGUUAUGCAGCUCCAAGAAUUCUUGAGCAGCCUAUGUCUAUUGUUGUAAUUGUUUGUGAAUAUUAUUGUUAUUCCAUAACAGGGACCUAGAUUGUACUAUGUUUA